AUGGCUUCUCAAAAGAGAGAAGUUUACCUCCUCCCCCUGACCGACAAUGGCAGCCCGGAUGUCCCGCGGGAGUUCAUCUCCUUACCGCCCCCCACAGACCCCCCAUACAUUCUGCGCUUCGUCACUGAGGGGAGCAGUCCCAUUUGCAGACGAGGCAGUCUAUGGGCCAAUAUCCCGAAAGAAGGGAAACAGUUUGAGAAGGAUGUAUUUACGGAGUAUAAAUUAAUCCACUCCUCAACCCAAGCGACUGAAAUUGACAUACCCAUCACGGCUCCCGGUGCAUUCGCCUUUUACGUAACAUAUGCCGCGCCCCCGUCGCUCUCAGCCAGUUCGUCUUUAAUCCCGCGGGAGAAGAGUCAAGAGCAGCUCCGCUCCCAAACUCACUACCUAACCAUCUCUCCCCGCGUAAAACUCAACGAUACUAGACUCCCCUUCACAUCCCUCUCAGUAAUCACCGUCCUCUCAAAAUUCAUGGGUCAGUACCCGACAGACUGGGACAGGCAUCUAGCCAGCAUCUCCCGUCGUGGUUAUAACAUGGUCCACUUCACCCCGCUGAUGGCACGUGGCGAGUCGAACUCGCCGUACAGCAUCUUCGACCCAUUGGCGUUUGACCCGGCCUGUUUCCCAAAUGGUGAAGCUGACGUGGCGGCAUUGGUCAAGCGUAUGGAAGGCACAUAUGGCCUUCUGGCAUUGACGGAUGUCGUGUGGAAUCACACAGCGAAUAAUGCUAGUUGGCUGUUGGAGCAUCCGGAGGCCGGGUAUAGUGUGGCCACGGCGCCGUGGUUAGAGGCGGCGUUGGAGCUUGAUACGGCACUGCUGCGCUACUCCAAGCAGCUGGCCAAGCUGGGAUUGCCUGUGGAUUUUAAAUCGAAUGAGGACGUGGUAGAAGUUGUCAAUGGGAUAAAGGGAAAUGUCAUUGAUAAGAUACGGCUGUGGGAGUAUUACGCUGUGGAUGUGCAGAGGGACGUGGAGCGGACGAUUCAGGCUUAUGUGAGCGAUGAUGUUCGCAUUCCCGAGGGUGGGUUUGGAGUGGAUACUAUUGGCCCUUUGCAGGAGAUCAGAAAUUGGAGCUUAAAGGAAAAAGCGUCCUUUAUUCGGGAGAGGGGGUUGAAUAAUAACAGCCGGAUCCUGGGUCGACACAGUCGGGAUGUCGAUGCUGCGGUGGGUGCGGCCUUGCUACGGGCGCUAUAUGGUCGGUAUCAAAAAGAGUCGUCAGAUAUUUCACAAAUUCGAAUAGAGCUCGUUAAGAUCCUCGACGAGGUUAAUCUCCCGCUCUUUCUGGAGUUUGAUAGGGAUUCCCAGGAGAUCUUUGACCAGGUCUUUAAUCGCGUCAAGUACCAACGGCUCGACGAUAAUGGGCCGAAGCUGGGGCCAAUUACUGAAGAGAAUCCUCUUGUUGAGACAUACUUCACCCGCUUGCCAGUGAAUGGAGUGACGAAGAAUCACGAUCCAAAUUCCCUGGCGCUGAUUAAUAAUGGAUGGGUGUGGAACGCAGAUGCCAUGCGAGACACAGCGGGCGCAGACUCUCGAGCCUAUCUCCGACGCGAGGUGGUGGCCUGGGGCGACUGUGUCAAACUACGCUAUGGUGCUUGUCCAGAUGACAACCCAUUCCUAUGGGACUAUAUGGCCCGUUAUACACGGCUGAUGGCUAAACACUUCGCCGGCUUCCGCAUUGAUAACUGCCACUCUACCCCGCUUGUUGUUGCAGAAUACCUCCUCAACGAAGCCAGGCGCGUUCGCCCAGAUCUUACGGUUUUCGCGGAACUAUUUACUGGCUCUGAGGAGACGGAUUAUCUCUUUACGAAGCGGCUAGGUCUCAGCGCGCUGAUCCGCGAGGCUAUGCAGGCUUGGAAUGCGACAGAGCUCAGCAGGCUUGUCCAUCGGCAUGGUGGGCGGCCUAUUGGGAGCUUUGAUAUCGAUCUGCUGACGGGCGAUUAUGUACGAGAAAACUCUCCCGAUCACACCAACGGUGGCGACAGGAAUGAGGCUAUCAAACACAUCCGUGAGAUGCCGAUACAGGUGCUGUUUAUGGAUUGCACGCAUGACAAUGAGGUACCUGCGCAGAAGCGCCAAGCUAGAGAUACGCUGCCCAAUGCGGCACUGGUCGCCAUGUGUGCAUCUGCAUCUGGGAGUGUAAUGGGCUACGAUGAGAUUUAUCCAAAAAAUCUGGACUUGGUGAAAGAGACGCGUGUGUAUUCUUCUAGAUUCUCGGAAGAGGAGGAGGGACAGGGAACGCAGAUGGGUGUCAAAGGGAAUAUGGUAGCAACUGUUGGGGAGGAGGGUAUAGGUUGUGCGAAGAUGCUGUUGAAUCAACUACACAUGACAAUGGCUGUGGAUGGGUAUGAUGAGACCCAUAUUCAUCAUGUGGGGGAGUACAUCACUGUCCAUCGUGUGCAACCGAAUACUCGAAAGGGCAUCUUCCUCAUUGCUCAUACGGCGUUUUCAAACAGUGGGAACUCGAAUGCCACGCUGGACCCUGUGUGCUUAACGAGGACUGAUGCCAAGCUUCUUAGUGCCUGGAAGUUGGAAGUUGAUGAUUCUGAUGCGUCGAAAGAGCGUGUUCUUUCCGAUAAGAAGUAUCUUAGGGGUCUACCAAGCCGCAUUCUUAGCCUAGAUGGUGUGCGAGUUGAUGGGAAGGGGAAUGAGACGGCAAUUACAAUUCCCGGCGAAUUCCCCCCUGGUUCAAUUGCGGUGUUCGAGACGUGGAUUCCUGGUGAAGAUCCGUCCGAAAAUCUUCGUUCCUUUAUCAUCUCCGGUGCCGACGAGGCAUUCGGUAAUCUUGACCUUAUCGAUCUUAACUUCGUCCUUUACAGGUGCGAUGCGGAGGAGAGGGAUUCAAGUGGAGGCAAGGACGGUGUUUACAAUAUCCCAAAUUUUGCUCCGCUUGAUUAUGCCGGUUUGCAGGGCUGGUGGAGCGUGCUUGAACCUAUCGUCCGCUCCAACGACCUUGGCCACCCAGUAUGCGAUAACAUUCGCAGCGGCCAGUGGGCGUUUGAUUUCAUCGUCGGACGCAUGAAAAACGCGGUAGAAGUAUAUGGAUAUGACCACCUGCAAGUCUCGGCAACAUGGCUGCAAGAGCGCUUCGAUGCGAUUCGCUCCGUGCCAGAUUUCCUCCUGCCAAGGUACUUCGCCAUGAUCGUACAAACGGCGUAUUAUGCUGCGCGGAAGCGUGGUAUAAGUCUACUUGACGGCGUCCGAUACGGCACACACUUCAUCCACUCACUCGCAAUGGUUGCCGUCCAGAUGGUCGGGUAUGUAAAAUCAGCUUCUCUCUACCCGGACAAGCAGGUCCCCGCUCUCGCCGCCGGUCUACCACACUUCGCCACCGACUGGGCUCGAUGUUGGGGCCGCGACGUCUUCAUCUCACUUCGCGGCCUCCUGCUGGUUACUGGCCGGUUCGACGUCGCGAAGGCACACAUCCUCGCUUUCGCAAGUGUGCUUAAACACGGCAUGAUCCCCAACUUGCUCGGGAGUGGUAAGCUGCCGCGUUACAACUCGCGGGACUCCGUCUGGUUCUUUCUCCAGGCCAUUCAGGACUAUACCACCAUCGUCCCCGAUGGGAUUUCGCUGCUAGAUGUGAAAGUACCCCGUCGCUUCUUGCCGUAUGAUGAUAUUUGGUUCCCCUUCGAUGAUCAGCGGGCGUAUAGUCAGUCCUCGACGAUUGCAGAAAUUAUCCAGGAGGUGUUCCAACGACAUGCAUCCGGGUUGUCGUUUCGGGAGUACAAUGCCGGUCCAGAUCUGGACAGGCAGAUGAAUUCUGAAGGAUUCCAGAUUGAUGUUCAUGUCGACUGGAAGACUGGAUUUAUCUUUGGAGGUAAUCAGUGGAAUUGCGGGACGUGGAUGGAUAAGAUGGGUGAGAGCGAGAAGGCGGGAAAUAAGGGCUAUCCGGGGACACCCAGGGAUGGUGCUGCUGUUGAGAUUACAGGGCUUCUAUACAGUGCUCUGCGCUGGGUGGCAAAGCUCCAUAGUGAGGGACGUUACAAGCACGAGGGCGUUAAAAUUGGCUCAAUCUCUACAGCGACGAUGGAGGAAAUAACAUUUUCAAACUGGGCCUCCCGUAUCCAUGAGAAUUUCAACCGUGCCUACUACAUCCCCCUCGACCCAGGCGAUGAUUCACAACACGACAUCGACCCGUCCAUCAUCCACCGUCGUGGCAUUUACAAGGAUCUCUACAAAUCCUCCACCCCCUACCAGGACUACCAGCUCCGUCCCAACUUCGCAGUCGCCAUGGCCGUCGCUCCAACUCUUUUCCCACUGAAUGAUGCCCUUCAUGCGCUCAGCGUUGCGGACAAUGUCCUCCGCGGCGAGGUGGGGAUGGCUACACUCGAUCCUGCUGACUUGAAUUACCGACCGCAUUAUAACAAUGCUGAGGAUUCAACGGAUUUUGCUACGGCGAAGGGGAGGAAUUAUCAUCAGGGGCCUGAGUGGGUGUGGCCGCUGGGUUAUUUCUUGCGGGCGCUGUUGAGGUUUGAGAUUUUGAGACGGUCUGGUUUAGGAGAGGGCUGGGAGGAGGGGAAGGGAGAUGGGAGAGCAGAGGCGUUCCAACUUGUGUCGAGUAGGCUGAACGGGUGUAAGAGAAUGAUUGUGGACAGUAGGUGGAAGGGCCUGACGGAGCUGACGGAUGGAGGUGGAGCCUUCUGUGCAGAUUCAUGCCCGACACAAGCAUGGUCUGCGUCGUGUCUGUUGGAUCUUUACUACGAUGCGACUCAGUAUCAGUAAAGGGCUGGGGGUUGGUGGAGAAUGAGAAAUGAUAGGAAAAUGAGACCUCAGGAAUCAGCGGCUGACGGGCGCCCUUUGAAUUUUAAAGUUUUCAUUGAUUGAUAGAUACACUUUAAAUAAAUAGAAGAGGUGGAAGUGUAAAUAGACAAGGGAAUUACGCAGAGCA